UAAUUUUUGAUUGGGAAAAAGAGGAUUGAUCACGUGCAGUAGGAGAAAACUAAAUAAUAACUAACCACUUCCAAUAAUUUAUGUUUAAUGACAACGAGUUAAAAAGAGUUGAAUUCGAAAUUUUCAAUUAGUUUUCUAUCAAAUUGCCAUUGCAAUACACGCAACAACAAUGACUAAUAUCAACAUGGAGUUAAAAAGUAACUCAAAAAGGAGUGAAAAACUCACAUAUACUUGGGAAGCUCCAGAUGGUGGAUGGGGCUACAUGGUUGCUUUGGGUUUUGUUUUAAUGUUUUCAUUCACAAUGAGUACCUUCGUAUGUUUUGGAUUAGUCUAUGGGAAAUUUCUAAAAGAACGUGGUGACGAAAUUACGUCAACUACUUAUAUUCAUGGUGUUUUUGGUGUCACAUUCUCAUUUAUGGGAUUACUUACAAAUCGACUUUUAUCAUAUUAUUCAUUACGUUUAAUCGGAAUUAUUGGCUCAAUUAUUUAUUUUUCUGGAGCAUUUUUAAGUAUAUUUGUGCAAAAUGUAUCACAACUAGUUUUUACAUUUGGAUUUUUACAAGGAGUUGGUUAUGGUUUGAUGGUUCCUGUUGUUUUUACAGCCUUUAAUCAAUAUUUUGUUAAAAAACGAUCAUUAGUCAAUAGCAUAUCCCAAGGCAUGAUUACCGCUUUAACAUUGACAUAUCCCGUAAUUACUCAAUAUUUAGUAGAAAAUUUCGGACAACGAGGAACGGCUGCUAUAUUUGCUGCUGGAAGUUUAAAUGCAUUUUUUGCCGUGGUAUUAAUUCAACCCGUUGAGAAGCAUAUGGUUAAAAAAGUACAAGAUUCUGAAGCACCGAAUUUAAAAACAGAAUUCAAACAAAUAUCGAUUACAAAUGAAAAAAACAAUGAAAAACAUCAGGAAAGCAUCACAUUUUUACAAGUGAUUGUUGAUACUUUGGAUUUAACAUUAUUAUGUGAUUUGAAGUUUGUAAAUUUAAUCGUUGGAUGUGCGCUUGCGUAUGUGACAGAUAUUUGUUUAAUAAAUUUAACGCCACUAUUACUUCUAAAUCGAGGAUUUUCUUCGCAAACUACAGCAUUUAUUCUUACUUUGGUAGUAUGUGGCGAUUUUGUUUCAAGAAUUAUUCAAACUAUUUUUAAUGUUUUUAUUACCGUAAAAAGCCGCUAUUUAGUUUUACUGGGAUUAAUAUCAGCAGGAAUCAUGCGACUUGUUUUUGCACUUGAUGAAGAUUUAAUGGUAGCUGCAAUUGCAAUAAUUGCAGUAGGUUUCUUCCGCAGUUGGAUACAUGUUCCAUUACCACUUGCGAUAGCUGAAAGUUGUUCUUCAAAACGAUUUCCUGCAGCUUAUGGACUUUACAUGAUCACAACCGGAAUAUUCAAUAUUUUGUUACCAAUUUUAUUAGCCGUUAUUUCUCAAACCGAUACAACAACUGUGAUUAUUUUGGCUGCGUUAAUUUUAAUUGGUGGAAUAUCAUGGACAAUCGAAAUAAUGUGGUUAAAAGGUUGCCAAGUUAAAAAUAAUGACAUAAAAUGAUAACUCAGUUAUGGCUCUCUUAAGUUAAUUAUCGAUACCAAAGACAAAUUCGUUAUUUCAUUAUAAGUCAAGAUUUCCGGUUUAUGCUUACCGUUAAUGGCUAUGUGGUAAAAAAUGAAGAUGGCUUAUUCAAAUCUGAAAUUCUUAAAGUUGAGCGAAAAAUUGAUGAUCGUAUAAGAAUUGUCAAUCCAAAAUAUAUUAAAAUUCAUUAAACAGAGUUCGUCAUUUAAGAUGCUAGAGAGUGAGCGGUAGUUCAACAGUAACGCCGUUUUUAUUUCUUGUCAUCUUUCAUUUUGUUAUACAAAUGGCGUUAUAUUAGUUGCAUGUUUACCAUUCAUCGCUUUGAAGUUACAUGUGAUAAAAUAUCGCGUCAAAGUUACUAAAUUUCACUUUAACACUGGAGAAAAAAAAUAUCUUUUGGGAUUUUCCAUGAUUUUUCCAAAUUAUUGACUACUCGAACAACUGCCCAAAUUAGCGACUAUGCGAACAACUGCCCAAAUUAGCGACCGCUCGAACGCUUGAGUCGAGACAUCGCUGCUGUUAGGGAUAGUUUGAAAAAGAACUCAUUAUCCCCUUGAUAAGAAUAAUUGAGCAUUUUAAAAAUCAGUUUGCAUCGUAAUAAAUAAGUAACAUUAAAGUAACUGAUUUUAAUGUUCGUUGAUCGAAAUUCUUUUGAAAUAUAAAUAGUAUGUUAAAUAAGAAAUUACUUUCCUGCGCCUUGAAUAGCGGACCUCAAAUUUAAAAAAAAAAAUCUAAAUCUAAGAUAUAAAUGAACUGUUGUCUUUUAAAGUAAUCUGAAUAAUGAUUCUCCUGCAACGGUAUAUAAACGACACUUUUCGUAAGUGUACUCAGCAAUUAAAUAUCGU